GAGCGGGCGGGGCGCCAUUGCUGGUAGGGACGUGGCUGUGGGGAGCCGUGUCUGCCGGCUGACUGAUCGACUGUAAGCAGCGCCGCCGCGAUGCCCGGGCCGAGCCCCAGCGCUACCAACGUCGGUACGUCCGGCCGCUCCCCCAGCAAGGCCGUGGCUCCCCGUGCCGCCGGCUCCACCGUCCGGCAGAGGAAGAACGCCAGCUGUGGGACGAGGAGUGCGGGCCGUGCCACGUCCACAGGCACUGGUGGGAUGUGGCGGUUCUACACUGAGGACUCCCCAGGGCUCAAAGUUGGGCCUGUUCCAGUUUUGGUCAUGAGUCUCCUUUUUAUUGCUUCUGUAUUUAUGCUGCACAUCUGGGGUAAAUACACUCGUUCAUAGACUCAGCUGCCAACUUAAAGCAUACAUCUUGGACCAAAAAUAUGGUGGAUCCUGGUUGUUCUUGGAGAGAGACUGGAGAAGCUUCCUGUCACCUAUUGAAGUCCUACCAACUUUGGCUGUAAUACAGAAUGAGCUUCUCAGUUUUCUAUGUGGGCAGGUUUUAAAGUCUGUAAUGGGUCAUUGCAUCUGUACGUUUAGAAUACAGGUAUUGCAAUAAAAUUUGUAUAUGGAAAUUGAAA